AUUUGUUACUCUACUAGUGCAUCAAACUAUGAACACUCCUUAAAGUGUGAUAGAAUGAAUUGUUUACAUUGAACCGCACGAGUCUCUCCGCUAGAGCAACCUUGCGGCGAAAUGCGCAAUGCCUAUACAUAUUUAUAGGGCUUACGGCCAAUUUCUUUAUCCUCGCUUAAAUUUUAAACCGGGUUCACCAGUACGUUUAAACCUGGUUAAGACGUUAGGCGAGAAUGAAGAAAUCGGCCCUUAGUAGUCCUUCGAGCAAAUAUGCAGGUGAUCUAACACUGUCUAUGAGCAGAGAAAAGCAAUGCCUUUCGUUGUGAAGCUUCUAUUUCAAAAAACAUCGUAGUCAAUCAGUAUCAUGCAUUAUUACUUCAUUGAGCCUAUGAAACUAUGAAGUAUGCAUAGUAAUGAAGCACGGCCAAACAACUUCACUUCUGAUUAUAAAUAUAAAGAAAUGUAUGAAACACAGUACAAACUGCUAGAGGAAACCACAUAGUUAUCAGUUCUUCGCAUCCUGAUUUCAAUAUUGACCAUUCUUUACACAUCUUCAAUCUGGUUCGAUUUAUAAACUUCGGCAUAAGAACGUACAUGCGUCUUUGACGGUGGUACUUAGAAAGCGUAAUUCGUCAUGUUCCGGCACAAAAUUAUAAAGACGACCGACGACGACGAAUUAUAAUAACUUAAACAUUUAAACCAACAGAAUUUAAAGGUAUACAAUUUCUGUUUAUAGCGAGCGUGUUUAUUUGUUUACAUAUACAGUUCAAUCGUAAAUCGACCAAAGGGUCUAACUAAGCCGCAAUGUCGUUGAAUCGAGCAACAGCGAUGCCAGAUUUACAGACUGUGGACAGAUUUGCUGCACUGAGAAACAAAAAUAUGCAGAAUUAGCAUACUUUCAUUCCCGUCUCUUUUGCUGUAAUUCUCGACGAACAUAUGAUUACGGCCUAAAAGCCAACCGUCAAAAUCCACUUUGAAUGGAAAUUCCAGACAAACCGUUACUAGUCGAACACAGCUCACAACAGUUUAUGAAAGAGAAAACUUUUCUCUUUCGUUUACUACCAACAUCUGUGAUUGGCGUGUAACGGUUUGUCCGGAAUUUUCAUUCAAAGUGGAUUUUGACAGUUGGCUUUUAGGCCGUAAUCAUAUGUUUGUCGAGAAUUUUCAUGCAUUUUCUAGCAUAUACUUCUAGUAAAUAUUCAAUGAGUGGAUAGACCGAAUACGUCCAAUGCACAAAAUUUGCAGCAGAAGAAACGAGAGGCAGAUCAAAAAGUAUGAUAUCGGUGAUUAAAAAAAAGUUCUGCGUAUGCCUGGUCCAGACAUUUACAGACUUUUAAAACAGUAAUAAACUGACCGAUUUUCUUCAGAAAAUAAUAGAUGUGUCCCAGCAUGCAAAGAAUUACGAAUCAAAUACCGUUCAUACUUUUACCAUUUAGAUUUUUUUAAGAAAUUUAGAACUUAAUCUUUCACGGAAUCUUUUUGGUCUUUUUCGGAGUAACGAACCAAUGAUCUCUAAAUGCGCAGGUAUCCUUCUGUUGAUCAACAGCAUGCGGCAGCUGUUCAAAUCGUAAAAUUAUUUCCACAACUUAGUAAUACGCGAGUCACACCAACUGCUCCUGAUGAGUCAUUUUUCUUUUGGCGCAACGGAGGCAAGGAAAAGGGUGCUCAUACUGGCAUGAUAUUUCAUCGCAUCCGGAAUGUCAUCAAACAGCUACCUGCAGGAAAACAUAAAUAUAAUCGAGGAACUAUGCCUGUAGAAGAGUCCGUUUCAACUGAACUUGUAGAGCGGGCUCAAUUGCUCCGAGUAAUGCUUGCAUCGGCAUCAGUAGCAGAACAUAUUUGUGAUGAAAUGGACCGAUGCUUUCCAGUCCUCAAACUGUUAUUAAAAGAAAAGAAACCCGUUAAUGAUAUCUUGGAUAUGUUUCCACACCUGUGUUCAUAUGAAGGAUUGGUGAUUCGUCAAAUGUUUGAGAGAUUGUAUCCUAACAGAACAGAAGGUCUCAAAAUCGAGGAUGUCUUCUCUCAGUGUCUAUCUUAUUCACCGUCCAGAUUCUCUAGAGUAGAAGAUGAUCACAUUCGAGGAUGCUUGAGAAUAAUUUCUCAUAUGCCAAUUCGCGGACAAAAAAGAACGCUGGUAGGCUGUCCAACUGUAGGCGAAGAACAUUCGGCUUCAAUUUUAAUUCGUUGGAUUGGGGAGUGCUUAGAUACAUACGUGGCAUCCCCCGCAACUGAUUCCAAACUACACAUGGUGUGCGUAGCAAGCCCGAUGAAAAGAGGAAAUUAUGCCGUCAUUUGUGAGAAAAAAGUUAUAUUCGAGACUAACAAUUCUAUUCAUGCAGUGGAAAUUUUAUUCAAAUGCUACGCAGUUCUCGGAGUGGAGGUGCCACCUAAUUUUAGAAUGUUUUGGGACUUUCUGGCAUGUGCCAUAUAUAAUAUAAUUCCGCACAGUCAGAGGACAACUGUGAAUAGACUCGUCCAAACUUUUAUUGAAGUUUCCCGCGCACGUAUUGACAACAAAUAA